AUGCAACACAUCAAGAAGCGAUUUUGGAAGCUAUUGAAGUCAUCGAAAAACGCACUUGUUUGAAAUUCAUCGCUGCUAAUGAAACCUCAAACCAUUAUGUAGCUAUCUCUUCUGAAUCGGGUGGUUGUUAUACGGCCGUCGGUUAUCAAGCUAAAGUACAGACAAUGAACUUGGAAAACUAUCCUGUCGGCGAAGGCUGCUUUCGUCCGGGCACUAUAUUGCACGAAUUCAUGCAUGCGCUCGGUUUUUAUCAUCAGCAAAGUGAUAGCGAUCGUGACAGCUAUGUCACGGUACACUAUGAGAAUAUAACUCCUGGGAAGGAAUUCAAUUUUGUUAAGUACAGCAGAACAAUUGUGACAGAUUUCAAUGUGGGUUACGAUUAUGAUAGUUGUCUGCAUUAUCGGUCUCGUGCUUUUUCGGCAAAUGGAAAAGAUACUAUAAUACCGUUGGAUUCUACGGCACGCAUUGGUCAGAGGGAAUAUUUAAGUGAAAAAGAUGUAGCUAAGAUUAAUAUUAUGUACAAGUGUCCUAUAUUGAUUUGAUGUUGAGGGCAUAUUUAGUUCUACGCAUGAUAAAAACAUAACAAGGUAAAACCAUUGAGAGGCAGUCUGAC